ACGAAAAUGAAUCAACGUCUCACGGGGGAGCCCGUGGUGGCGUGACGUUUACACCUAAAAGCAAUCUCAAUCUUCACCAGGGCGGAACGUUGUUUUGGAGAGAGGCAAUAACUUUUCUUUCCAGACCAGGGAGUUCAGAUAAGUUAACUCAACUGCCUAGUCAACAAAUUGAUUGAAUACUAUAUUUGAACUGAGGGUAGGGACAGUUCCCCAGUAGACUACCGGACGAGAGAUGAAUCAAGCUGCGCGAGGGACUUUGCUGCUCCUCGUCUUUGUGUUGAUAAUGCAAGACUGCUUCUCCUCUAAAGGGGAGGACAGGUUGUUCAGGAGGCUGUUUCGGAGGUACAACCAGUUUAUCAGGCCGGUGGAGAACGUCUCAGACCCCGUCACCGUGGAGUUUGAGGUUUCCAUGUCACAGCUCGUAAAAGUGGAUGAAGUGAAUCAGAUCAUGGAGACAAAUCUGUGGCUGAGACACAUCUGGAACGACUACAAGCUAAGCUGGGCCCCAGUAGAGUUUGAUGGGAUUGAGUUCAUCAGAGUUCCAUCCAACAAGAUCUGGAGACCUGACAUAGUGCUUUAUAACAAUGCUGUGGGAGACUUCCUGGUUGAAGAUAAGACCAAAGCUCUGUUGAAGUUUGACGGUACAGUCACCUGGGUUCCCCCUGCCAUCUUUAAGUCCUCCUGCCCCAUGGACAUCACCUACUUCCCCUUUGACUACCAGAACUGCUCCAUGAAGUUUGGCUCCUGGACCUACGACAAGGCCAAGAUCGACCUGGUGCUCAUUGGGUCAAAGGUCAACCUCAAAGACUUCUGGGAGAGCGGCGAGUGGGAGAUCAUCGAUGCUCCGGGCUACAAGCACGACAUCAAGUACAACUGUUGCGAGGAGAUCUACCCAGACAUCACCUACUCCUUCUACAUCAGACGCCUGCCUCUCUUCUACACCAUCAACCUCAUCAUCCCCUGUCUCCUCAUCUCUUUUUUAACAGUCCUGGUCUUCUACCUGCCCUCCGACUGCGGAGAGAAGGUGACCCUCUGUAUCUCUGUCCUCCUCUCCCUCACUGUGUUCCUUCUGGUGAUCACUGAGACCAUCCCAUCCACCUCCCUGGUCAUCCCCCUCAUCGGGGAGUACCUCCUCUUCACUAUGAUCUUCGUCACCCUCUCCAUCGUCAUCACCGUGUUCGUCUUGAACGUCCACUACCGUACGCCAAUGACCCACACCAUGCCGGGCUGGGUCAGGUCCGUCUUCCUCAGGGUGCUACCAAGAGUCAUGCUGAUGAGACGGCCCAUAGACCAGGACGGCAAGGCCCUCUGUUCAGACAGCGGGGAGGAGAGAGGAGCAGGAGGAGGUGGUGGAGGAGGGAAAGGAGGAAAGAAGAGGAAGAAUAGUCUGACGCAGGGAGGGAACUGCCUGGAGUUCGGAGACAACAAACUGACUGAGGGAGGAUGUGGAGAAAGAGGGGGAAAGAAGUGCCCUUGCCCCUGCCAACAUGGGAAGGAGACCCUAGAGACAACAGAUCCGGGGAAACUGAGCCGCCAGCUGAGUCCUCAGAGCAUCAACACGGUGGUGGCCUUCUCCGUCCUGUCCCCGGAGAUUAAACAGGCCAUCGAGAGCGUCAAGUACAUCGCCGAGAACAUGAGGAGUCGCAACAAGGCCAAAGAG